CGUGGGCCACUGGGUCGACCUUUGCCCCCUACGUGUGCUGUGUGACUCCCGGCCGUCUUUGUAUCUCCCCUCGUGGUGGGGCCUCAGGGCAUGGCGCUCCGUCUGCUGGCCAGAGCGGUCUGCAGGGUGGUGGUGAGCGGCUGCGAGGAAGCUGUGACGCUCCACUCGCCGCGUCUCCAUCGCUGCUACACGAGAGGUCGCCAAGGUCACGUGACCAGCCCAGCAGCAGUGACGUGGCCACAGCGCUGGCUCGUCCUGGACCCGGUGCUGGAGGAGGCCCUGGUACCGAGACGUCUAGCACUGUCCCCUCUGGAGAGCUGGGUUAGCGCCCAGCAUCAGCAGCAGCAGCAUCAGCAGCAGCAUCAGCAGCAGUGUCAUCAGCAUCAUCAUCAGCGUCAUCAUCAUCAUCAGGAGAUGAUUCUCCCAUCAUCGUCACCGUCGGGUGUUGCAAUGGACGAGAACCCCGGAGUGGAACCCGUGGUGGUUCCCGCUCAGGUCCCCGGGGCGAUCCCCCUGAAGGCCCAGUCGGUCCUCAAGAUCCGUCGCCGCAAGAUGAACCACCACAAGUACCGGAAGCUCACCCAGCGCAUGAGGUUCCAUCGGCGUGGAAUCGUCAGGCGUAGAGCGAUACGGAAGCAGAGGAAGUUCGAGAAGGAUCUAGAGAAGGUUUGGACGAGCGCAGGCUUGGAGGAGUCGCCCCAAGGGUGGAAAAUGCCGAAGAUCUACCACUUCUCUGGCUCACGCAAACCCCUACACAAGAAGUAGUGUGGGCGAGCGAGCGGGUGGGUGAGCGGGUGGGUGAGCGGGUGGG